AGGAUAGAACCCAAUCUGAAAUAUCUAGCUCUACCUCGGAAACCAAGCAUUUGUGUGUAUUCCUUUUCAGGGAGUUAAGUGGAAGAUGGGGUUGUCAACAGCAAGGACAAGCAUAGGAUCAGUUUGUGUUUGUGCCAUCUCAAAGCCUCUCCGCCGUCACUGCCAUUUCCUCCCAACCUCUGUUUCUCCUGUCUUCUCAUGUCUUCAGAAAAAGUGCAAAUUGAAUUUUCAAAAACCAGUUCAAGAUGCUGCAGACUCAAAAAUAUCAUGUAGCUUAGUGAAUGUGGAAGAUGGGAUAGAUGAUGAAGCAUGUGAAUUAGUCAGUGGAGUGGAGCUUUCACUUGAGGAGGGUGAUGAAAAUAUCCGUGCUUAUCUGUUCAAGGCAGUAAAAAAUAACAAUGGAACUGGCCUAUUGCUUCUUUCAGAUGUUUUCGGGUUUGAGGAUUCUUUCACCAGAGAUUUUGCAUAUCGAGUAGCUUGCAAUGGUUACAACAUUCUAGUUCCAGACUUAUUUCGUGGAAAUCCAUGGACAAAGGACCAGCAAGAUCCAGAUGUGUUUGAAAAAUGGAUUGCUAGACAAAACCCAGAGAGGAUCGCAGAAGACAUUACCAGAUGGACAAAAUGGCUGGUUGAUGAAUUCAUGGCUGUAGGAAUUUCCAAGAAACUUGGCAUUAUUGGAUUCUGCUUUGGAGGUGGCCAAGUGUUGAAGGUGCUGGCCAAAGACCAAGGUGCUUGUUUUGGCACCGGAGUCUCCUUUUAUGGUACAAGGAUAGAUCCCCUUGCUGCUUCUGAUAUAAAAGCUCCUGUCUUGUUUAUUUUAGGGGACAAUGACCCACUUUGCCAGGUAAGUGAAAUUGAGAAUGUUGAGAAAAAAAUUGCUAGCGGCUCCAAAGUAGUCUUAUUCCCUGGUAGAGGUCACGGAUUUGCCCACCGACCUGGAUCUCCUGAAGAAGAUGUGGAUGCUGAACAAGCCUAUGUGAUUAUGAGAGACUGGCUAUAUGAUCGUUUGGUCGUAUAAAAUUAUAUGUAUUGUAUAUAUCCAACACUUGCGUCUUAACAUGUCAAUAGUGACCUGUCAACAUUUUGAAUACAUUCUCUUUUCAGUCAAGGAAAUUCCCUUGUACUAACAUAA